GGCGGCGGGUCGGGGAGCGGAGAAGAUUCCCCGGGCAGGGACGGGGACGGGGACGGGGCUACGGGGCCAGCGGAGCGCGGCCGGACCUUCUUCUCCCCGGCCCGGCCCGGAGCGAGAUGCCGGCCGGGGCCGAUGGCGGGGAAGGGCCCCCUCCUCCUGGCCUGCCUGCUGGCCGCCGCCACCGCCGCCGCCGCAUCCCUUUGGGCAGUGGCCUGGCCUCUGUCGUCGGCUGGACCUGUUAGAGAACUAGACAGCAACAACCUUCAGAGUGCACCCACCCAGCUGACACAAGAAUCAAGCUCACCGAACGACAAUGAAGUCAGUGUUACGGCGUUCAAUACAUCGGCCUGCGAUGAAGUUGGGGAACAGGUUUGCCUCAUCCAAGCGCUGCUCGGAAAGAAUAUCACGUUCAGAGCAAAUGUCUUUGGCUCCUAUGAGUCACAAGAGAUCCACUGGUACAAAUUAUACUCUUCCCAGGGCCCCCAUUUUCCUAGUUAUCGAAAGAGACUGCAGCUCUCCUCCGGAGCGAACUAUCGCUUGUAUCUGACCCUCAACUCUAUAAACGAAGAUGAUUUCUAUCCCAAUUUGUUCUGGGUUGAGGUGGAACCCAGUCUGGGCAACAGGAAAGUGGUGGAAACAGAGCCCUAUCGCUUCUCAGACUUCGAUAUUUUCAAUCCCUCUCUCAGGAGAUUCUUCUUUAUCCUGGAAAGUGUCCCGAUAGGAGUUUCUGUGAUGCUGGGAAGAGACACCGUGACCAUCCAUCUGUCUGACUACAUCUCUGUGCCUCCUGCCAGUUUUAUCAAGUGGGCCAAAGAGCCCUCGGAUUUCUCCUUUCUCAGACCCGUAGAUUACGUGUUGACCAAUGGAUUGGAAGACAUCGCGAUCCGUGGAAACAUGAGCCAGGAUUUUGGACACAUCCGAGCCCUAGUGUACAAUUUCGUCCCUGGCAUCCCUAGCCGGGUACUGGUGGCACAGAGACUGUUUUCCAUCAAGAACGAAACCAAUGAAAAGCAGAUGGGAACCAAGGCUGAAACGCAAUGUAUCAGUGGAUUCAAGGCAGAAGGACAACAAUGUGUUGACAUCGACGAGUGCAAAGAAGGAAUGCCGAAGAAGUGUCUGCCUGAAGCAGGGUGCACCAAUACCAAUGGAUCAUAUCGCUGCCACUGUCCACAGGGAUUUGAAGGCAACGGAUUAUAUAGUUGCCUAGAUCAAGAUGAGUGCACGAAAGGUAUUCACAACUGCAGUCAAGAUGCCUCUUGCCUAAAUACUCUUGGUUCUUACGUCUGUAUAUGCCAGAGAGGCUUUAGUGGUGAUGGAAUUCAGUGCAAAGCAAAGAGCGUGUGGUCUCCCUGGUCCCCUUGGUCUGUCUGCUCGGCCACCUGUGGUUUCCAGAACCAGAUAAGGAGUCGGUGGUGCACUCAUCCGGAGAGUAAGACGCGAUGCGACGGCCCCUCCGCCGAUAUGAAGCUCUGCCCCAAUCUGAAACCCUGCCCCAUCAACGGGCACUGGUCAGAAUGGUCCCCCUGGUCCACCUGCUCCGAAGCCUGCACGGGAACUCAGAAACGAAUCCGCCUCUGCGACAACCCCGCUCCCACCAGCGGGGGCCAGACCUGCUCCGGGGUAAAAGAAGAAACCAAGGAGUGUCAAACUGAAAACUGUCCAGUUAAUGGGAUGUGGUCUCCUUGGGAGUCCUGGAGCCCCUGCCCCGAGUCCUGCGGGAUCGGAGUCACCAGACGAUCUCGGCACUGCACUAACCCUGCCCCACUCCAUGGGGGAGAGGACUGUGUCGGACAUGGCUACGAAGAGGGUUCCUGUGGAUUUCCAAAAGAAUUUUGCAACUUCAUUAAGUCAUCUUUCGGAAUCUGGUUCCCCAGAGCGAUCCUUUGAUGUCGUCGGAAUCACCCAAGCAAAACUCUAGGAAUUGGAUGGCUUUCUUUCCAGUGUACUGUACAAUAUAUUUUAGUGACUAGAUGAGAUUUGGCACGAGGUGCAUUUCCUUGCAAAUCUGCCCUGCGUAGACGACGGACGGAUAGGCCACUGUGCUGUUGAGCUCCAAGAGUAUUGAUACGAGGUUACCGGUAAUGACGAUGACAUUUUACGUGCAAUAGCAGAACACGAAGAGUGGAAUAUGUUUGGUAGCAUAUAGCCAAUAAACUCCUAGCGAACACUCUUAGAUGAGCAUCUGGGGGUGAAUGGCAGAAUAUAAACAAGGAGCUGUAGAAUAAGAAAUAUUCUGUUGCACGGUUUAAGUGGGAAACGGCAGAACUUUGUCUCUGGAGCCAUACCUCUAUAAGAACCAAGGAUUAAUUAUCCUAGGGUCUGAUCUUUCUUUUGGCUUGUUUUGGAACCUGUUAACUUCUAUACACAAAGUUCCCAGGAACUGUACCCGUAGGGGAGGGAGAAUCUGGUUGAGUUAUUAACCUCUAGUGAUUAAUAGGGCUAAUAAACUUUUAUUCGAAACUCA